UUGCAGGCUAGCCGAUUGGCUCCCGUGUUCCGCUCAAAGGAUCGCCAGCUAAGGUCUUUUGACUCUCUUCAAUCUCCCUCAUCGCAGUUGUCAUCGUCGAUCUCACGAGACAGUACUGCUCGUGUAGGAACGCUUCUUAGCAGCUCUGUAGAUUCCCAGUCACCGUCGGCUUGUAGUGUUGCUGCUCGGAAGUUCUCAGCAUUUCAAUCUCAAGACAGCAUCGAUAGCGCAGAGUCGUUAUCUCCUGCAUCUAAUGGAACGGCGACGCCCACAGAUAGGGAAAAGAAACGAGGAAAGUGGAGCUUCCCCGGCUUUCGUUUCAAGAGCAACGAUAAAGGAUUCAAUAAAUGA